AUGCGCACCGCGCCGCGGCGCCUCGCCAGUGCCGUCAUGCGCACCGGGGCCGCGGGCUGGCUGCUGCUGGCGGCCGUCGCGACGCUGGCGGCCGGGGACCCGCGCUCGCCCCGGGUCAAGAGGCGCCUCGUGUUCCUCAAGGGCUCCAAGCUGUUCAUACGUUACAACAUCAAGGAAAAUGUAUUCCCCUACACGACUAUAUUCGCCUGGGCCAUAGGAUUCAAGUUCACCUACGACCUGCCUACCAUGCCGAGCGAGACUAGGUUCCAUCGCAGAUCCAUCUACCAGGACGUGGAGACCAUGAUGGACCAGAGUGGGAUGAACGGACGGGCCUGCGUGCUGCGCAUGCUGUGUGAGGCCACAGACGGAGGCCACAGCCCGGACCUCUUCCUCAGGAUCCUCAAGCGCAUCUUCACCGUGCCGGAUGCCGAGCGAGAACACGUCCACCCUUACCACGUGGACUCGGAGCAGUGCGAGAGCUUAGCUGAAGAUUGCCCGGUCUCCAUCUUCAACGCGAUGGCGUACAGUGAAAGUGUGGAUGCAGAGGACUAGGAUAGGCGAGUUGUGCAGCAGCCAUUAACUCAUAUAACACACAGUUUCGUUUAUAACAAACCCCGCAUCAUCCAACUGCUUAAGACUUGUUUAAU